AUGAGCCCAGUUGAUUUGGAGAGUAAUAAUCUUUGGUGGCACGGACCCUCCUUUUUAUUGAAACAUAAAGGUUUUUGGCCUGCAAAUAAUCAUGUGUCGAAUUACGCUCGACAAAAUACCGAGAAAUCUAAAAUAAUCGACAUUAAUCCUAAAUCCUUAAUAUUCUUCGCAAAGGAGAGCAAUGAUUUUGUUAUGAGCCUAUGCUCGAAAUAUUCCUCUUAUUCAAAGCUCAUUAAUGUAGUCGCUUAUUGUUUGCGAUUUCAUUUUAACUUAAAAUAUAAAGACAAAAGAAUUACUGGCGCCUUAUCCCAAACUGAGGUAAUACAAAGUGUCAAUUGCCUUGUAAGGUUAAUUCAGAGUUCCGCGUUUCCUGAAGACCUAUUCAGCCUAAAAAAUAAUAAGACGAUAAGGCCUAGUAGUAAGCUUAGUACUCUCAACCCUUUUCUUGACAGUGAUCUCCUCCUACGAGUAGGUGGUCGAUUAAACCAUUCUAAGCUAACGUUUAACCAAAAACAUCCUAUACUGAUACCUUAUAAUCAUCCUUUUUCUAAGCUUGUUGUCACCCAUGAGCAUAUCCGCAAUCUACAUCCAGGAACGCAAGCUACGCUGUCAUUUGUGAGGCAGCAAUUUUGGCCAAUAAAUGGCAAGCAACUGGUUAAAUCAGUGAUUCGGAAGUGCAUAAUUUGUUUCAAGUCCAAUCCUCGAUCAUUAAAAGCCCAAAUGGCAGCUCUACCCAGUGUCCGGGUUACUCCCUCCUAUGCUUUUUACAAUACCGGUGUAGAUUAUGCCGGACCUUUUGUUCUAAAGGACUCCAAAUUUAAAAAUAGGAGGCUUCUUAAGUGCUAUAUUUGUUUGUUCGUGUGUUUGACAACCAAGGCAAUACACCUUGAACUAGCUACAGAGCUUACCACUCAAUCUUUUAUUUCUGCCUUUUUGCGCUUUGUAUCUAGAAGAGGUCUAUGCAAAAAUCUACAUUCCGAUAACGGUUCUAAUUUUGUUGGGGCUAAGAAUGAGUUUGACAAAAUUAACACUAUUUUAAGGGAUGAAAGGUUUCAAAAUGCGCUAAGGGAUAAUAAAAUUCAAUGGAGUUUUAUUCCUUCUCACUCGCCACACUUUGGUGGUCUUUGGGAAGCUUCGGUAAAGUCCACCAAACAGCAUCUUAAGCGUGUUUUAAAUAAUACUCCUCUACACUAUGAGGAAUUCUAUACCCUGCUUGUACAAAUCGAGGCCAUACUGAACUCCCGACCGCUCACUCCUCUCAGUGAUGACCCGAAUGACCUCGAGGCGCUGACACCAGGUCAUUUUCUUAUUGGUCGCCCUCUUAAUAAAUAUCCAGAGCUGGAUUUAUUGGACGUUCCUGAUGGUCGCCUCUCCAGGUAUCAGCACCUGCAAAAGAUGUCUCAGCACUUUUGGCAGAGAUGGUCUGAUGAAUUUCUGCAUACCCUGCACCAAAGGUUCAAGUGGAAGUCCAAGGUCAAGCCAUCGGAGCUAUUAGGUUCUCUGGUCCUAUUAAAGGAGGACAACCUGCCUUCCUUGCAAUGGAGAACAGGACGUGUUGUCGACUUACAUUCUGGAAGUGAUGGAACAGUUCGUGUAGUGAGUGUGCGAACUUCUAGUGGUGUUGUGAAGCGCUCUAUAACGAAGAUUUGUCCCUUGCCCAUCGAAUCCCCCCGUGACAUUCGCGGAAGUGAAUAA